AUGAAGACAGCAAGCAGGCAGACUGGUGUUGGAGCAGAUGGGGAGUUUCAGGACCGCUGUGCGGAAUAUCGCGCACUUGCCAAUACUCGCACAGACUUCGUCUUCAGGCUACUUCAGGUGCUUCCUGACAUGGGACCGGCCAGUCCUGUGGUGAGGCAUAGCAGUGAGAGGAGGAGGCAACGCCCGGCUCCAGAGCCUGGCCAAGACCCAUGGGAGCCCCACAGGAGACAGCAGGAGGCUGUUGAGGGGCUAGCAGUCCAUCCGGAGGGCCGUGCUGCUCGGCAGAAUCAGGGUCCCUUCAGCGGCACCCUGAACAAAUGCAUCCUGCUAGCGCUGCUCAUCGCCAUCAGCAUGGGCUUCGGACACUUCUACGGCACAGUCCAGAUUCAGGAGAGGCAGAGGAUCGUGGAAAAGAGUCGCGUGUGA